UAGAUUAUAGGUUAUGUUGAUUAUUUGAAAAUAUUGACAAGAUUCCAUUACCCAUAUCUAUUUUUAUCGCUCAGCUCUUGCAUUAUCUUAUUAUUAUGUGAUGAUUCGUAGCUUUCUAUACAUUAUUAAAUAUCAUUUUAAUUCUUGAUUACUUUAGAACAUAUAGCAUAUUCUCAUUUUUCUCACAAUGACUGAAACUACCAAGAAUAGAGUACCACCAUGGCUCAGAAAUAUAUUAGAAAUGGAUAAAAAAUUAACCAAAAGCAUUGUAGACAGAGCAGAUAAGUUUAUAACUUUACGUUCAUUGAGACUCCAAUACAAAGCACUUGAGAUUUCAUGUCAUGGUAUACCAUGGCUUGCUUUUUGGAUAGCUUUUACAUGGUUGUUCAAUGAUUCUUCCCUUAUACAGUUACAGGUCAAUAUGUUACUAGGAUUACUUCUUGAUAUAGUUAUAGUAGCGAUUUGUAAAGCAUAUUUCCGUAGAAGAAGACCAUUGUUGAAUACAGAUGAUAAAUUUGGACAACUGGGUCCUGAUGUAUAUAGCUUUCCAUCCGGACAUUGCAGUAGAGCAGUUUUCGUUCUUUAUUUUUUCACCAGAUUGUGGCCAGCUCCUAUAAUAUUUAUACCUCCAUUAUUAGCUUGGGUAUUCAGCAUUUGCGCUAGUAGGUUGUUGAUGCACAGGCAUUACUUGCUGGAUAUUUUGGGAGGUAUCUUAUUGGGAUUAUUAGAAGGUGGUGUUAUGGAUAUAUUAUGGCUAAGCGAUAGCUCUGCGAAAUUUCUGAUGUCCUUUUUGUCUGAUGAAAAAAUUGAUGGAGGGGAUUAUCAUGUGUAGAUACUUGUAGAAUUAAUUCAUAAAGAUCUAGUUUCUUCACUAAUUCUCACCAAUUCAGAACUUCAAUUUUAGGCUAAGGCAAAAAUCCAUGUAUUAAUGUUUUUUUUAUUUAUUCAUGAAGAAUAUACUUUUUUUUGUUGAUAUGUACCAUAUAAUAUAUAUUGUUGAUAAUAAUAAUUGGGUAACAAUUCAGAUAACUACAUUUGCUAUCCUGAUAAAGAAUUCCAUACAUUCAUUGUAAAAAUUUUAUUGUAUUAAAAAGCAAUUUAAAAAAUCAA